AUGUCUAGUGUCAAACGAUCGGAGAUAUCGGUUGUUAGAUGUUUUAUGCGUGAUGAUUUGAAAAAAGAUGCAAUAAAGAUAUUGAAAAAAGCAAUGAAUCGUUUCACAGAAGAACGUGAGAUUGCAUCUUUCGUCAAAUCUUACUUUGACUCGCAUCAUCGUACACAUUGGCAUUGUGUUGUUGGAAAACAUUUUGAUUGUUCUGUGGCAUUUGAAGCAUCACAUUGUAUUCUGUUACGUGUUGAAGAUUUUUUGGUUUUACUAUUUAAAUAUGGUUGA